GCCGAAGAAGGCAGAGAGGGGAGAGAAGAGAGGGCGAGAGGAGCGGCCGUAGUGUACAAAGCCCCCUAUAAACCGAGUGAUUUCUGCAACAGACAUACAGAUAGAGGUUAGCCAUGACGAUUUGGAAGCAGGGGAGGCAGCUCUUUAAGUCGUUCAAGAUGCGGUGAUGCUUGGUCUCAACAUGAAUGCUACCACAAAUGCCAAGCAUUUUGCUCGGGGCCGUCCGUUUCUCUGGUUGCUGCAUUUGUCGCUCAUCCUGUUGUAUGGUGCCUGUGAUAGGCGGAGCUGGCAGCACUACCCAAGUCGACGACGCAAAUUAGCGGCCGCUAAAUAUUCGCUGCCGAACGUUGGUGUUCCGCUUUUGGAGUGUGGUUUAGGGCUGGAACGCUGUAGUCUGUGCCCUCAGAUGCCAUGUGGAGUUGUUCGAAGCAAGGUUGAGGAUUCGUUGCUCUCUCUCUGGCUGUGGUUGUCCCUACGGGCAGAAAGAGGGGAGGCAAGAUUCUCCCUCAUACAGGCGACAGGCGACAAGCGACAACAGCAGCCCGUAGGGGGGUCGUGCGUGUUCCUAGAUGCCAAGGCUCGCUUUGUGAUAAGCUCAUGGCAAAAUAUGGGGAGUCAAUUGACUGCCAUUCCGGAUAAGGCGAGGCGUGGCAGCGAUCCGGUUCGACAUGGGAGGAUCCAGAGCAUGGAAGUGGCACGAGCCAACGCUGAAGGAUGCCAUCAUGCUGCUGCCGCCCCUGCGGACUCUGUCGAGUCGACACGGUGCAUCCACGCUCGCCAAAGGUCGCGGGUACACGGCCAGGAUUCUGACGGACAUGGCUUAGGGCUGCAAGAAGAGCGGGCAAGCUUCGACCAGCCGGUCCCCCGACCUGGCGGUUCCGUCGCUCUACCACUUUUCCGCAGUGAUAACGUGCGUGGUGAUGCCAAUAGUAUCGUCGUAUUUACUCAAUAUUACCAAUUCAUCCGUGUGUGUGAUCCGGGCAUGAAGCGGUCAGCCAUGCAGAAGCUGGUGCAUGCAUUGAUAUCAGUUCAUCCCACAGCACAGCAUAGAGCAUACAACACAACACAGCAUAGCACAGCGGUGUUGAACACCUGGAACUCUCCAUUCCUACAUACAAUCAUCAAUGCUUGGCACACAAUUACACGUAUAACUUUGCCCAACUCUGGCUUUAAUGGUCAAAAUAGCAUGGACUGGUCUAGACACGGUGAAUCCAGCCCUUCACCGCAACAACAAGCAACAACAAAAAGACCACAAAGCACAGCCAUCCCUGGCUCCAAACCCAAAUGCCUCAUACUGCCACAGGCAGAGGGAGGCCUCUCGCCAGUUCCAGAUGCACGCAAACCGGCAGCUGUGACGUAG